ACGUUUCGUAAUUUAAUCAAAUUUUAGAUAGUUAAUACAUAACCACAACUAAUCGUUGUAUUGUUUUACCAAAUAUUUAUGCUGUUCGCCAUUUCUUUCUAUGUUAUAUGAAAUUGUAUGCUAAUGUAUUCUGAGUUCGAUUAUUUGGAUGUUCGAAGAACUUGAUUAAAAUAUUAUGAGGUUUUUUAUUACGCAGUUUUUAGUUAUUGCGAAAUCAAAGCUGCAAAUCAGUAUUUUCAUGCCACUAGUAACUUUUAAUUCUUCAGUAAACAAGUUCAAAAAUUUCUCUAAUGUUUGUAACAAUAGCCUUGAAUAUACAUUCCAACGACCAGAGCGUAAACACAUACCUUGUUAAGUGUGUACAAUUUAUUUUAUAUUAUCAAAUGACAUAUUCCCAAACUGACGAUAACUACAUGCAUUUUUUACCUCUCAAUCGAAGGAUUCUGUCGUUUUUAUCAUUACAUCAGUCCUGACAGGCACUUUUCAAUCUAAUUUUCUUUCCUCUAGCACAUCCUUUAAACUAUUGGGUAACUAUGUCGAAAAAUUUUAUUCAGUGAUAUGAAAAACGGCCCAUUCUCAUUAUAUUAAUCUAACACAAUAAUGUUUAUUGAUGAUUCAAGUAGUUGCAGAAUACAGAUUUAACCGGUCUAAUUACCAUUGAUAACGCGUGCUGAGGAAGUUGCCUGGAGUGAUAUCUUUUAAAGUUACCAUCGUCUGAACAAGAUUUGAAAACACAUUCUAAAGAUGCACAAAGAUCUGAAUUAUCCACAUUUAAUUCUUCAAUAGGAGUGUUGCUUUCUUGUUUGGGUUGUGUCAUAGGAACAGGAAAUAUAUGGCGAUUUCCACGUAUUAUUGCCACAGCCAGUUAUUCUCAAGGAAGUUUAACAUUUCUCAUUGCUUGGGCAAUGUCAUUAUUUGUUUGGUCUCUACCAUUAAGUAUUGUUGAAUAUACACUGGGUCGAUUUACUCGAACAUCUCCACUUGGUGCAUUUCACAGAUUUUUGGGCAAUAAAUUAGUAUGGUUGGGAGGAUGGAUUGUUGCUGUAACUUAUAUGAUCACUGCUUACUUUUCAGUCAUUGUUGGUUGGUGUUUAUAUUAUUUCUAUAAAUCUUGUGCAUUGUCAAGUUUACCGAGAGAUGUAGAAUCAAGUAUUAAAAUUUUCAAUGAGUUCGCACAGGAAUCUUACUGGCCUGCAUUAACCCAUACAUUAGCUGUUGUUAUUGUUGGUGGAUGUAUAUUUGGUGGUAUAAAAUGGAUUGAAAAAGCCAAUAUGGUAUUAGUACCUAUGUUAUUAGGUAUAUUAGUUUUCACAUUCGGAUGGUCAUUAACAAGAAAAUAUUCAGAAGUUGGUAUUACAUUUUUAUUUACUCCAUACUGGGGUAGUAUGUUUACUCCUAGUUUAUGGGUUGCUGCUGCUAGUCAAAAUGCAUUCGAUACUGGCGCAGCUAUGGCUUUAUUCAUUUCAUAUUCAUCAUAUUUUAGUCGGAAAAAUGGUGCUGUACGCCUCGGUACCAUGAUUCCAUUAUGUAACAAUAUGGUCAGUUUACUCUGUGCACUAACAAUUUUCUCAACUGUCUUCUCAACUUUAAUACAAACGUCACCAACAUUAACACGUUCUGGCAUCUUGAAAAUAAUGCAAUCAAAUGGACCUGGUAGCACAGGUCUCACAUUUACCUGGAUCCCUGUCCUAUUCGCCUAUGUUGGUGGUCUGGGAAGAGUUCUCUGUUCAUUGUUCUUCUUAUGUCUCUCCUUCGCGGGGAUUACUUCAUUGAUUGGUCAUGUUCAACUAACAGUUGUAACAGCUAAGGACUUGGGCUUAAGUCAUAGACAAGCUGCAUUUGCUGGUUUAUUCCUCACUCUUGUAUUUGGUAUGCCUUCUGCAAUUAGUAUAAAUGUUCUUACAAAUCAGGACAAUGUUUGGGGUUUCGCACUUAUGUUAUCCGGUUUAUCUAUGGCUGGUCUAAUAAUAAUUUAUGGUCCAAUGAAAUACAGAAGGGUCAUUGUUAAUGAUUUUGGAAUCGAUGAUUGGAAACUUCCAGUUGUUUGGGUCUUUAUGAUAAGUGUUUUGGUACCUUUAUCCGGAACCGGAUUGAUAAUUUGGUGGGCAUAUGAUUUGAUAAAAUCUAAUCCUAAAUGGUAUCAACUUACUUUGGAUUCAAUGACUACUACAUUACUUGAGUGGCUCAUUGUAUUUCUCAUUUUAAUAACUGUGAACGCUAUAGCAGUUUGGCGAAAUAUUGAUUUCUUUCAUAAAGAUAAACAAAACGGUUAUGAUCCUCACAAUCCAGAUUAUAUACCAAAAGAUGAAUUGCAAUCAUUUGAUGAAUUCUUUAUUGUAUCCUCGGAUAGUGUAAAUAUUAGUCGAAAUCAAAUGCAAACACACUUGUAAUUAGUAUAUUUAUAUAUUAUCUCAUAAAUUUAUUUGAUUAACACAGUUUAAUUAUUUCGCCUAUAUAUAAUAUGUAGACAUAUAUGUAUACCCUAUUUUAAAUAAAGUAAACGUUUUUUACCUUC